AUGUUAGUUCGUCCGUUUUGUGUACGAUUAAGCAUUCUGGAUUUACAUGCCCAACAUCAUACAAAUACAAAUGAAUCGGCAUCAGAGCGUCCAUCUUCCCAACGACGUCAAACAAAUGUGACGCCCGUGGCACCGACAUCAUUGAAAUUAAACGAAUUGAUCAUUAAUCAUAGUAAAUUUAAUAAUGAUAUUCAAAAAGGACAUGAUGUACAUGAAAAAGAAAUUAUUUAUCGAUUUGUUAACGCUGAUAAUGAAACUGAAGCGAGAAAGGUUUUGGCACAAAUGUGGAAAGAAUCAAGAUUUUGUGAUUUAAUGCUUGUUGUUGAUGGUAGUGAAUACUUAGCACACCGACUUGUGUUAGCAGCAUUCUCUCCGAAAUUUAGAGCAUUUUUUCGCGAACGUCGUACUGAUUUUGUUACCCGAACACAUUUGCGUCAUACAUCGCAUAAAGGUUUACAAUUAGUUUUGGGCUUUCUUUAUACUGGUGAGUUGACGUUAACACUCAAAAAUGUGAAUGAUGUAUUGAAUUGUGCAAAAGAAUUGGAUGUAAAAAAAAUAUUUGAAAUAUGUGAAGAAUUUUUAUCAACAUUUGAAAAACGUCGUGUAUUUCGUGUUUUGGAAUUAUCACGUCGAUAUGGUAUGAAAAAAGCAUUUUAUGAAGCACAUUACUUUUUAUCAACAAGAUUUAACGAUUGUAUUAAUAUGAAAACUUUUUUGGAAUUACCCUAUGUGACAAUUGGAAAUAUAUUAGCGGAUGAAACAAUUAAAGAUCGCGAUGAAACAUUAGUAUUAGGUCGUGUAUUAAAUUGGAUCACAUCAAAUCACGUUGAAAAUUCACAAGUUAUUAUGCAUUUAUUUCGGAGAAUAAGAUGGAAUAAAUUAGAUUACAAUCAACAACGAGAAUGUUUAGCUACCAGCCAUGAACUAGCAGAAAAUCCAAAAUUAACACAAUUUAUUAAAGAACAAAUGAACUUAGCAUAUGAGAAGUCGAAGAGACAAGAGUCUCGAAGAUCGAGUCCAGCCAAUAUAGAACUAUAUGAUGUUGGAUCAGGAAAAACUAGUCGCCGUACAAGUCGUGAUGGAAAAUCUUAA